CAGACGCUAGUGUGAUGUGCUUUAGUUUUUUAAGCGCUACGGGCUGAAUUUAAAUGAUGUUACCUUUAGCAGUUAACAUAUCUUUAACCAUUGAGGAGAGUCGUGCUCACAUGGUUCCGAGCUGAGGGCAAAUUUGUCGUUUCGGAGAUAUUUCAAUGGAAGUUACUCCAUCUGUAGCUCGCCUCUGCUAACGUGACUAGCUAGCUACCUGUUGACAUUAGUAGUCCUGCUGUAGUUUGUUGUUAUUAUCGACAACAUGUCAGAGUCCGGCCACAGUCAGCCCGGGAUGUACGGGCAGGGACGCAGGAGGAGGCGACGCCGAGGGGACAGGGAUGCUGGACCUCAGGGGCAAAACCUGUCCGGACCCAGCCGGGACCGAGAAUACCAACCAAGAGAACGAAGGGAUGGGAGCGAGGAUCCACCAGGCCCACUUAUACAGAAGACCCCCAUCAUUCUGGCGAAACCACCCGGGGAAAGGGCCAAGCCAUCACAGAAUGCCCCCAUCAGUGGAGCUCCAGUCCUUGACAAGCCCAUUAUGCUGAUGAAAGCCCGGGAUGAUGGAGCAAAGCCUGGGACCCCUCCAGAGGCUGCUCAGCCCUCUGGUCCUGGGCCCUCCAAGAUGGAAAGGGAAGGGCAGCGACCCACCCAGCCUGUAUACCAGAUCCAAAACAGAGGAAUGGCCGCUUCUGCUUCAAGUAGCGCUGUGGACCCCAUGGUUGGCCAGUCUAAACUCCUCCCUCCAGAGAAGAUGAAGCACAGUAUUAAACUGGUGGAUGAUCAGAUGAAUUGGUGUGACAGUGCCAUGGAGUACUUGAGGGACCAGACAGAUAUGUUGGUGGUCGGAGUCAUUGGCCUGCAGGGGACUGGGAAAUCCACUGUCAUGUCACUGUUAUCUGCCAACACCCCUGAAGAGGAUCAAAGGGGAUAUGUAUUCAGAGCCCAGACUCAAGAAAUUAAGGAGAGAGGAGGAAACCAGAGCACAGGGAUAGAUUUUUUCAUCACACAGGAAAGAGUCAUCUUCUUGGACACACAGCCAAUACUCAGCCCGUCUAUUCUUGACCACCUCAUCAACAACGAUCGCAAGUUGCCUCCAGAGUACAACCUCCCCUAUACAUAUGUUGAGAUGCAGUCUCUUCAGAUUGCCGCCUUCCUGUUUACAGUCUGCCAUGUGGUCAUCGUGGUUCAAGAUUGGUUCACGGACUUAAACCUCUACAGGUUUCUUCAAACUGCUGAGAUGCUGAAACCUUCCACUCCAUCUGCUAGCCAUGACAGCACUGGUUCUUCAGGCAUUGAUGAUGGAGCUGAGUACUAUCCCCAUAUAGUGUUUCUGCAGAAUAAGGCUAGACGGGAUGAUUUCUGCCCAAGGAAUCUGAAAAAUAUGCAUAUGGCCGUGGACAAACUAAUGGCCCACUCUCAUCUCAAAUACAAAGGUACAUUGUCCAUGCUAGACUGCAAUAUCUUCCCUGGCCUGGGGCAGGAUUAUCUGGACACCGAAGUCAACAUGUUCCUGCUUCCAAUGCAGGAGAAUGACGGGGAAGAUAAUCUGACUAAAGCAGGCCUGGGAACAUACCCCCUGUUCUCUCUGCUUCCGGGGUACAGAGGACACCCUGCCUUCUCCACCAUGGUUUCCAAGCUGCGCAGCCAAAUACUGGCCAUGCCCCGCUGUCAGCUGUCACACACCAUUCUUACUGAGAAGAACUGGUUUCACUAUGCAGCUCGUAUCUGGGAUGGGGUUAAAAAGUCUUCAGCCCUCUCCGAAUACAGCCGCCUCCUCUGCUAAAACCACGGUUGAUCUGCUUUUGUUUGGAAGUGUGACCUCGUAGGUUCAAAAAUCAAGCCUCAUAAUAAAUGUGGCUCUGGAAAUGGAGGCUGUCGUUUGUGCCCUGCAGGAGGGACAAGCUGGAAGCCCGGUUGAAGAGUCAGAUAUAACGAAGGAUGAAAUUGCCUGCAGACUGUUGGAGCUUCAUCCCUGCCCUCAGGAAAUUUAAUGUUCAACAGGCACAGCUGCACCCUGUACAGAAGUGGUGAGAAUGAGAGGGCAUAGUAGCUUGCAUAUGUCCAAGCAAGAUGGGAUGACUGUUUUUUAUUUGCAAGCUGUUAUGCUGACUGAUUAUGUGAUGUUGUAACUACAGUCUUGUUGUACAGAUGGUGCAGAUUAAUUUUCUGAGAUGGAAAAACCCCCACCAUAAUCAGUUAAUUUUUAUUUACUUGAAAACAUAUUUUAAAUGAGUAAUUGUGACAUUCUCAGAAAUAAAAGGAAACACCAGUGAAAAGA